ACAAUGUUUUUUUAGAUAAAUGCAAGCGAAAAUUAGUGUAUGUGUAAUAUAAAAUUUACCAAAGAAAAGUAUAACUGGUGAACAUAAUAUAUGUGAUUUACUAGUGUGCCUUGUAAUGCGUUAUAUGGAAUGGCUUUAGAUAGUUAUAGAAACAUCAGGAUUAGCUUAAGAUAAUGAACGAAAAAUCAUGUAUUCAAAAUCGACAUUUUAUUGGAUUACUACUUCUAAUAUGCCCUUCAGUGUUUGCUACCUACCAAGUAGGUGUAGGAAGGGCAGAUAUGACCGGACCUGCAGCUGAAGUUACCCUGAUGGGCUAUGCAAAACUGGACCAACAAGGUUGUGGAAUUCAUCUAAGACAAUUUGCAAGAGCCUUUAUAUUUGACGAUGGUAACACUAGGGUUGUUUUUGUAUCAGCAGAUGCAUGUAUGGUAUCUUAUGGAUUAAAGAAUGCAGUCAUUAAUAAACUACAAGCAGCUUAUAAUCAAACCUAUACCCACGAAAACAUUAUUUUAAGUGGAACCCAUACUCAUGGAGCACCAGGAGGAUUCUUGAUGGAUGUUCUCUACGAUAUAACUCAGUUGGGAUUUUGUAAAGAGACGCUUAAUGCCUACUCCAGUGGAAUAUUUAGAGCUAUCCAGCGAGCUCACGAAAACAUGGUUGAGGCUCGCUUGUUUACAAACACAAUUGAAGUAGUGAACGCCAACAUAAACAGAAGCCCUGCAUCUUAUGAAAAUAACCCGGAAGAAGAGAGAAAAAAAUAUCAAUACAAUACUGACAAAACGCUAAGGCAAUUAAAAAUAACACGUGCCUCAGAUAAUCAAUUAAUAGGAGCCAUUAAUUGGUAUGCAGUACAUGCAGUCUCUCUAAAUAAUACGAAUUGCAUGGUCACAUCUGAUAAUGUUGGUUAUGCCUCUAUAUUAUUGGAAUCUGAAUAUAACUCUGGCCAACUUCCCGGACAAGGUUCUUUUGUUGGUGCUUUCGCUUCAAGCAAUCUUGGUGAUGUUUCUCCCAACCUAAACGGCCCAAUUUGUGUAAAUAGUGGCCAACCAUGUGACUAUAUUCACAGUACCUGUAACGGAGAUAAUAAGUACUGUAUUGCCUCUGGACCCGGCAAUAACAUGUACGAAAGCGCCGAGAUUAUUGCAAAUAGGCUAUUCGAAAAUGCGGAGAAACUAUUGGCUAACGAAUCAUCUCGUGAGAUUACUGGUCAGAUCAAGUUUAUACAUCAAUGGGUAGAAAUGCCAAAACAAUCGGUUGAAGUUAAAAGAGAAAAUGGCACCAUAGAAACAGUAAAAGGUUGUUUGCCGGCAAUGGGUUAUGCUUUUGCAGCCGGCACUACUGAUGGACCUGGCGAAUUUGAUUUUAAGCAGGCAUCGACCAGCGAUAAUCCCUUUUGGAAUAUUGUGAGGGAUUUUAUUUUUCCUCCGAAACCUGAGGAUAUCGAGUGUCAUUAUCCUAAACCGAUUUUGAUGAACACUGGCAGACUUACCAUACCUUAUUCGUGGCAGCCAAAAAUCGUCUCCACUCAAAUAUUGCUGCUUGGAAAUUUUGCUUUAAUAGCAGUUCCAGGAGAGUUUACCACCAUGUCUGGAAGAAGGUUACGAGACACUGUGCAGAAAUCACUAAUAUCUAGUGGAGCUGAUGCCAAUACUGAAGUUGUGCUUACUGGACUUAGCAAUACUUAUACUAGUUAUAUUGCCACUUAUGAGGAAUAUCAGAUUCAAAGGUACGAGGCUGCGGCUACGAUAUUUGGUCCGCAUACAUUGGAAAUCUAUCAGGCUUUGUACACAAAGUUAGCCGAAGCGGUAGUGAAGGGAGAAACUCUUGCUCCAGGUCCGGAACCUGAAGAUCUAUCUAAGCAAAAGCUUUUAUCUCUGAUAACCCCGGUUAUAUUUGAUUCUUCGGGAUGGUUUUGGAAUUUUGGUGAUGUUACGCAACAGCCACCAAGUACUGCUAAAGCUGGGGAUACUGUAUCAGUGAAAUUUAUUGCGGGGCACCCAAGAAAUAACGUAAUGGCAGAAAAGACUUUUCUAACAAUUGAAAAAGAAAACGGCAAAAGAAAUUGGACGGUAGUAGCAACAGACGCCAGUAUUGAAACAAGGUUUAUUUGGAAGAGAACUAGUAUAAUUAAAGGUGGAAGUGAAGCUACUGUUCAAUGGAUAAUCCCUAAGGAUAUAGAACCUGGUACUUAUAGAAUUCAGCAUUAUGGAAAUUACAAAUAUAUUUUAGGGGGUAUUUAUCCUUACAGUGGGGCUACUAAUAGCUUUGCUGUUACCCUUUAAGAGGUUGAUUUCAGUAUUAUUACAAAAAUUAAGUAAUUUUUUUUUAUAAAAGUAAUUUUUUUUAUUAUUAAAUAAAUAGUAAAAGUUUU